AUGAGGCGUGCAGUAUCAAAGAUAAUACCUACUGCUAAAUUCCUACAGUCUAAUAGUAAUGGCAAUGGUAAUGGCAAUGGUAAUGGUAAUGGUAAUGGUAAUGGUAAUAGUAAUAGUAAUGGCAAUGGUAAUAGUAAUGGAUCAUCCGACAAUAAUCCGUUUACAUCCUUUUCAUCCAAUCUAAAGAUUGAUUUUAAUUCUGUUGAUGAAUUUUAUAUUCAAUUAGAUCAACCUCAUAAAACUUGGUUACCAGGUGAUGAAGUUCCUGGACAAAUAAUCCUUAUAUCUAAGAAGAAUCUUGUAGAUAUUGUCAUUACAUUAUCAUUAGUUGGAUAUGUUAAAUUAAAUUUAUCACAUUCUAAAUUAAGACCAAUAAAGCAUACAUUAUUUGAUCAUACCAUUAGAAUUUAUGGUGGAAAUACUUCAAGUCCUUCAGACAAUUCGUCUGAUUUUAAUAAUGGUUUAUCAAAAGGUGAACAUGUAUUCCCAUUCAUUGUAAAAUUACCUAAUAAAAGAAUAUUCACUUCAAUAGAUUUCGGUAAGGGAUCUAUAACUUAUGUAUUACGUACUUCAAUUGGUAAUUUAUCUAAUUAUUCCAAUCAAAUCUUAACUCCUCCAUUAACUUCAAUUAGUUCUAAUCCAUCAAUGACAAUGUCUAAUCCAAAUACUCCUAAUUCAUCAUCAAAUACUCCUCCUGAUCAUAAUUCUAAUUCCAGUAAUUCUCCUAAUAAUCUAAUAUCCAAAACAAAGAAUUUGAAAAUCUUGCAUAAUCCAACAUACACUUCAGAAAAGAUCAUUAAUAUCGUAAAUCCCCUCGAUGUAACAUCCUUACCAGCUCCUAAACCAAAACGAUUAAUAUUACGAGAUCCUCGAUCAAUUGGUGCUAAGAAACUAUCACGAACUCAAUCAUCUACAUCUACCAUUAAUACAUUCAGUACGUUUUCUUCCAACAAUUCCGAUUCAAAUGAUGCCAGUAACAAUAUCAAUGUAUCUUCAUCAACCACUUCUCAAUCGACGGUAACUAAUGGUAACAGUACUGGUUUACAGAAUAGCAAUAGCAUUAACAAUAACAAUAAUAGCAUUAACAAUACCAAUAGCAUCAGCAAUAAUAACAAUAAUAGCAACAAUAAUAAUAACAAUAGUAAUUCACCAUCUGGAAUGGCCACUACAAAUACAAUCAAUACACUAAACAGCUUUCAUAAACCUGAUACCAUUAAAGUAUCAUUAGAAGUACCUCAACGUGGAUAUCUUCGAGGAGAAUUGAUACCGAUAAAGUUAUCAAUUAAUCACCUUAAGAAAGUACAAGAUCUUAAUGGAAUCAUAAUAACAUUUGUUAGAGUAUGUCGAUUAGAUAAUGGAGAUGAAGGAUUCUAUGAAUCAUUCCGAAAAGAUCUUCAACAACUGAUAAUCCCUCUCUAUGUGGAUCCAUUAACUUUCCUGUCCGAAAUUAAUACCAGUGUUAGAGUUCCAGCUGAUUCUUUCCCCAGUAUUGUGGGAUGUCCAUUAGUGUCAUUCCAAUAUUUUAUAGAAGUACUAAUUAAUUUAUCAGGUAAAUCACUUUCAUUAGAGAAUGAAGGAGCAGGUACUGAAAGACAUUCACCAGCUGGUGAAGGCAAUGGAGGUGAUAAUAAUGUAGUUAAUAAUAAUUCAUCUAUAUCAAUUUCAGGAUUAAAUGGAACUUCUGGUACAGGAGGAGGUCCUCAUAGUAUUCUUGGGAAUUCUGAUUCAUCAUUCAAAUUUAAUUUUCAUGCUUCAGCUUCUUUAUCAUCUCAACAUCAUAAAGAACGGUCAGGAUUUAUAAAUACUGAUAAGUUUAAACGUCUGAAGAAAUUUCUUCAAUUAACUACUGAAGUUGUUAUUGGAACUCAUCGUCUGACAUCUCUUGAUGAAUCCAAUGUAAUUGAUUCAUUCAAUAGUGUAUCUCGAAGAUCAUCAUCAUCAAUCUCCAAUAGUUCUCCACCUGCCAUGUCUAGUUCAUCACCAUCUCCCAACACUAACUCAUUAUAUCCUCAAAAUAUUAAUAUUCAAUUGGCUCCAUCAACCAGAAGUUCAUCAUCUAUGUUCCCUGGAACUCAAACAAGUACAAGUGCAAGUACAUCUACUUCAGCAUCCACCUUACUUCAACCUCUGACUGGAUCUCAAUCAAACUAUAUCAAUCCAAUUCCUGAAGCAGUAGCCAUCAAUAACUUUCAAUCUCCACCAUAUUUCGAAAAUGAUGCUGAUGCUAAUGCUAAUGCUAAUGCUAAUUUCAAUUUCAAUACUAUACCGAAUUAUAAUGAUUUACCUCAAACUACAGGUGCAUUUGCUAAUCAACAGUUGAGUAUGUCUGAUAAGGAAAGAAUAAGGGCUCAUGAAUCAAGUUUGUUACCAUCAGCUCCUCCAUUAGAAGAGGAAGAAGUUGAAGAAGAUGGUGAUGAUACGAGUCGAGUUGAUACUGAAGGAAAUUCGUCUGUGGGUAUAGCAACCACUCAGACUGGUCAUAGUGAAAGUCAGACUGAAGAGAAUGUUCCAUUCCCCGAACAACAACAAUUCCAAUUCUUUUCAUAUCAGGAUCUGGCAGCCACUUUGACUCGUAGUGAUGAGAGUCUUUUGAAUAAUACAAGAGUUCUGGCUGUAGUUUCUGCCGCCACCGCGGCUCAUGAUACAGGAUCUAUUAAUGAUGAUUUAUAUCAUGAUCCUACGGCCACUAUACCUAAUGAUGAUCAAUACAGUAAUAUAGACUAUGUACCCAAUUAUGAUUCAGUCAAUAAUGAUCGACUCAUUGUGGAGAACAAUAGUAGUAGUAAUAAUAAUAAUAAUAAUCAAAGUCACGUUAGUACCGGUACUAGCGAACCGUAA